CUCUCACUCUCUCUUAGACCCACACACAUAUUGUCAUGCUUGUUCUCUCAGUUCAGUUAUCAGGACGCAGUAUUUGAUAGCGAGUGCGCAUCAACAGAGAGCUUGUUUCAGUGUGGAUGCUCUCUUGGAUGCUCCCUGGGUGACAUAUCUUUGUCUCUGUUCAGUAUUGUGUGGCUGUGGGACCUCUAGCCACAUUGAUCUUCUGUAGACUGGCUUUAUCUCCAGCACAGUGAUCUUCAGGAUGGAAGCAGUAGCUCUUUACAACUUUUGCGCUACGGAAAGCGAUGAGCUAAGCUUUCAGAAGGGAGAUGUACUCAAGAUCACUAAUAUGGAAGAUGAUCCGAACUGGUUCACAGCAGAAUUUGUAAACAGGAAGGGCUACGUGCCUAAAAACUAUAUCAGUGUAAGGCCACACACAUGGUUUGCGGGCCGUAUCUCCAGACAUGUGUCAGAGGGUCGGCUACGCCAACGGGAGUGUGGAAGCUUUUUAGUGAGAGAAAGUGAGAGUGCACCAGGGGAAUUCUCAAUGUCAGUCAGCUAUGGUGAUCAUGUACAGCAUUUCAAGGUGUUAAAGGACAGCGAUGGCUAUUACUUUGUUUGGGAGGAGGUCUUUCCUUCCUUAAAUCAGCUUGUGGAGUUUUACAAGACCAACAGCAUUGCAAAGGAAAGGACUGUGUUUCUUAGGGACACAGAUCACACACCAAGGCAGAGGCCCCAUCACGCCCAUGCCCUGUAUGAUUUUAAUCCACAGCACAACUCCCAGCUGCACUUCCUGCGGGGUGAUGUCAUUGAUCUGCUGGACUGUUCAGAUUCUCAACGCUGGAAAGGUCGCUGCCGUGGACAUGUGGGCUUUUUUCCUCCUGAAUAUGUGCAACCUAUUUAUCACUGACACCCAAUGAAAAUGCAUAACACUGCAUGUACAUCUGAGAGUAGUCGAUUGUUGUAAUCUUUAGUUGGUGCGGUAUGACUGGAAUGAUAAAAUUCAUUUUUGUGUUUGAAAAGGACUUUGGAACAAUCAAGCUGAUUUAUUCAGCCACAGUUCCUAGAAUAUAAUCAUGCAUUUGACACUAAGAUGACACUUUUCAGCAUUUUAGGUAAAAGGCCACUAUAUACAAAAAUAAUCACCAGAUAUACUUCAGUAGAUUAUAAAUGCAUACUGAAAUUCUGAAUGCAUUUCUUCUGAACACAAUUAUUAUUUGCACUUUGCUUAUAAAUUUAGAUAUUAACUAAAAUUCUUUAAUUCCUUAAUAUUGCACACAUUUUUUCUGUAUAUAUUGUUUAUAAUGCUUGUUGGCUUAUUUUCUAUAAAUGAUGGACGAUAAUGUAAAUGUUACUAUUGUGAUGAAUAUAAAAGUGUUUAAGACCAAGCAUGUCCAAUUAAGAUCUAAUGUAGGGAACAUUUUUUUCUUUUUAGUGCCCAGUUUAGAAGAGGGCAUUCAGGAUGAAUUCACCUUCCAUUAUUUCACAUUAAGGCAUAAUUAAAUAAAAAUAGACAUCAAAAUUA